UUUUUCUACAUUAUCAUUUAUAUAAAUAUCUCCAUCCCAUUAAAAUUCAAUCUAUUUGUAGCCUCAUUUCUUCCAAUCCACAAUGCAACUCUUACUAUCCAUAGCUCUCCCACUAAUACUAAUAUACCUAAUCAUCCACAAAACAAGAAAACCCCCCAAAACCCUAUCUCCGCCCGGUCCCCGCGGCCUCCCCUUCAUCGGAAACCUCCACCAAUUCGCGGCCGCGGCCGACCCACACCUCUACCUAUGGAAACUCUCCCAACAACACGGCCCGAUAAUGCAACUCAAACUCGGCUCCACACCUCUCCUCGUCCUCUCCUCCGCGAAAUCCGCCAAAGAAGCCCUGAAAACGCAUGACCGCGCAUUCUCCGGCCGGCCUAGGCUCCACGGCCAGCAGCGCCUCUCCUACAACGCCUCCGACAUGGUCUUCGCCCCCUACGGGGACUACUGGAGGGAGAUGAGGAAAAUCACCUCCCUCCACCUCUUCAGCAUCCGGAAGACCCAGUCCUUCCGCCCAGUCCGCGAGGACGAGGUCUCCCGGAUGCUGGAAAGGAUCAGGAGCGCCAGAGGAGCUGAUAGCUCCUCUGGCGUGGACCUCAGUGCCGCGGCUAUGGCGCUCAGCACUGCUCUGAUAUGCAGAGUGGCGUUCGGGAGGAGGUACGAGGAGGGCGGGGACGAGAGGAGGCGGUUCGACAAGAUGUCGAGGGAAGCGCAAGGGCUGAUGGCGGCUUUCUAUUUGAAGGAUUACUUUCCUUGGUUGGGAUGGGUGGAUAGGGUGAGUGGAUUGAUGGAUCGCCUUGAGAGAGGGUUUUGGGAGCUUGACUCGUUCUACGAGGAGCUCAUCGGGGAACGGAGGCGGAGGAAGACGGCGGUGGAGGGGAAGGGGAAGGAGGAGGAAGAUAUUCUUGGGGUUUUGAUCAAGCUUAAAGAGGAGAAUUCAUCUUCUAUUGAAAUAGGUUGGGAUAAUAUCAAAGCACUCCUAAUGAAUAUUUUUCUUGCUGCAACCGAUACGACCAGUGUGUCGAUCGUUUGGGCGAUGACGGCCCUAAUGAAAGCACCCAACGUUAUGAAAAAAGUUCAAUUAGAAAUCAGAAAUUUGAUAGGAGAAAAGGCCAAAUUAGAUGAAGAUGAUUUACCUAAUCUCCCAUACUUAAAAGCAGUGAUUAAAGAGACAUUGAGGUUGUACCCUGCAGGCCCACUUCUUGUACCUAGACAAACAAUCGAAAAAUGCACCCUAGAGGGCUAUGAGAUUCAACCUAACACAACAGUUUUCGUUAACGCGUGGGCGAUUGCACGUGAUCCCGAGUACUGGGACGAACCGCACGAGUUCAGGCCCGAGAGGUUCUUAGAUAGUAAUAUCGACAUCACAGGGCAAGACUUCGGGGCGAUCCCAUUUGGAUCGGGCAGGAGAAUUUGCCCUGGGAUAUUGAUGGGACUUGCAAAUGUGGAGCUCGCGGUUGCAAGUCUUGUUUAUCAUUUCGACUGGCAGAUGCCUCCUGGUAUUCGAGCUGAGGAUAUCGAUACAGAUGUUGUGCCAGGGAUUACUAUGCAUAAGAAAAAUCCACUUAUCCUUGUGGCUAGAGACUAUGUUGUUUAGUAUACUUUUCUUUUAAGGCAUGUAUACAUGUUUUCCUUCUAUUUUUGGUAGGUCAA